UGUGGGACGUGUCUCCACAGUUUCAUAUUUAUCGAAAGUGAGAAAGAGAGAUCUAAUACAGUGCAGAAAACCAAAUAGAUCACGGAACACACCUAAAAUAUGUGAGAUCGGCAGACCAACUAGAGGUUGAUAGAAGAAAAAAAAACUGUGUUUCAUCAACCAUGUACCUACAUACCAGAAUAUAUGAACAAUUUUAUAGUUAUUUUCAUUCUUCACCGAAUGUAAUCGGCUAAAAAUGGAAAUGUAUAACUGAAUGGAAAUCAAUAUUGAUUCGAUAAAGACUGAAAUGAGUUCUAUUCCAGAAAUGAGAAACGAUGAUACACAUUACGAUACGACAAAUUUUUACAUCGGUUUAGGACUAGCAAUUGCUUCUAGUGUUUUUAUAGGUGCCAGUUUCAUCAUAAAAAAGAAGGCUUUAAUCCAACUCCAAAAGUACGGUGGACUGCGUGCAUCGUCUGGUGGUUUCGGCUAUUUAAAAGAAUGGAUGUGGUGGGCUGGUCUUUUAUCUAUGGGUAUAGGAGAAGCAGCAAACUUUGUUGCAUAUGCAUUUGCACCAGCGUCGCUUGUAACACCAUUGGGUGCUUUAAGCGUUCUGAUAUCAGCAGUAUUGGCAUCCAGAUAUCUUAAUGAAAAAUUAAAUCUUUUGGGAAAGAUGGGUUGCUUGUUAUGUAUUUUAGGUUCCACAGUAAUAAUAUUACAUUCACCGAAAGAAGAGGAGAUUAGCAAUCUAAGCGAACUGAUUAUUAAAAUAAGAGAACCAGGUUAUAUGUUAUAUGUUUUAAUCGUAAUAAUGUCUACCUUGUCCAUCAUCUUCCACUUUGGUCCAGCGUAUGGCAAACAAAAUAUCUUGGUAUAUAUUUGUUUGUGCUCAUCUGUUGGCUCUUUGACCGUCAUGAGUUGCAAAGGCUUGGGUUUGGCGUUAAAAGAAACCAUCUCUGGUGGAAAAAACGCAUUUGCCAAUUGGUUGACAUGGGUCUUUAUAUUUAGCGUUAUCCUCUGUAUCAUGAUACAGAUGAAUUAUCUGAAUAAAUCACUGGACUUGUUCGACACAUCUAUUGUGACGCCAGUUUAUUACGUCUUCUUUACAACUCUAGUGAUAAUAGCAUCUGCAAUUUUAUUCAGAGAAUGGACAAAGAUGAGCAUAGAAAAUAUCCUAGGUGCUUCUUGUGGCUUUCUCGUAGUUAUAAUUGCCAUAUUCUUAUUAAAUGCUUUUAAAGAAAUGGAUAUACAUUAUGGCAAUGUCAGGCAUAUGUUGAGGCCCAAAAGAGAAAUGUUAUCGAGUUAUAAUUCAAGAUGGGACGAUCAAGGGGGAGUGAAUACUAGAGUGGAAGCUCAGCAUUUGCUUAAUCACACUUAUGUAAAUUCAGAUCUCACUAGGACUGUCUAAAAAUUAUAUCUAUGGAAACGCAUGUAACCUGCUCCAUUUAAAAAAUUUGUAUAGCAAAAGAAGCAGAUUUAAGAAAAGAAUUUAUUGUUUAUUGAUUAUUUAUUGUAAUAUUCACAACUAAUUACAUAAUUGUAAAUACGCUUUGUAUUAUUGCUGACGAAAGCAAUAAAAUACAUAUUUUGAGCAUA